UGUUAUUUUUGAUAAGCAGUAAGGGUGCCUGAUGUGGGCGUUUCGGAAGGUCGGCUAGCCAUCCUGUGUCGUGUUAAGUGAAUAAACACUGAGGCCUUUGUAGGACUGGUGGUGCCAGGCACACGGUCCACAAUCUCCACUUUAUACACACAAACCACCCCUUAAUGUUUUCACCAGUAUGACUCACAAGGUGAACUGUAUGUUAUCUGAGUCAUUUUUAUCACGUCUGGACAUCUUUGAAAUAUUCACCUGGACUAUCUCAUCCUCCCUUCAAAUGCCUAUACCUCAAAUGAAAUCCUGCCACUCCCCUCAGAAGCUUAAGACAUUUACUUUGAAACUCUCUUUGUAUUUCUCAACAUAGAGCACUCUCCUUGAAUGUAGGCUGUGUUUCUUCUUGGGCGGCUCCUAUCUCUCCACUCAGUGCAAUGGAUUUACUUUUACUUCUCAGUGAGUCUCCUGUCAGGAGCACCCAAGGAGAAAGCCCUGGCUCUGAGGAACGUCAAUGAGACGGGCGCCAUCUACUCCUGUCCUGUCACCACAGAGCUUAACGACUGUGAAAGGAUGGACUUGGUCAGCUCCACGGACUCGUCUGAGAUGGUGGAGGGGAUGUGGCUGGGAGUGACUGUGGCCAGCCAGAGAGACCUGCCAGGGGGUCGAGUGCUGGCUUGUGGGCAUCGCUACGUGAAGGUGGUGCGGGGGGGCGCGGAGGAGCAGCUGCGGAUGGUGGGGAAGUGCUACGUCAGGGGCAAUGACCUGACCUUCGACCCCAACGACGAAUGGCAGGACCACAGCUAUGAGGUGUGCAACCCCAACUUCGACAUGGAGCUGGAGGGCUUGUGCAACAUGGGCAUCUCGGGGGGCAUGACCGACACGGACGUCUACAUCGGCUCUGUGGGCAGCUACGUGUGGCAAGGCAACGUUCAUGUAACGUGGAGAGACCCUGAUCCAGGAAACGCAUGGGACUCAAGUGACAAAGACUUUGGGCAACUGAACAGACGAUACGGCUACAUGGGUUACUCUGUCAAUGAGGACAAGAAGCUGCUGAGUCAAGACUACUUCACGGUAGUGACGGGGUCUCCCAGAGAUGAAUCCAAGGGCUCAGUGAUGCUGGCUAAGAAGGGCAACACAGCGUUGGUGACCAAGUUCAUCAUCCCAGGAGAGCAAGUGGGCUCGUACUUUGGGAACAGCCUAGCUGUCACCGACCUCAACAAUGACAACUGGAAUGACCUGAUCGUAGGUGCCCCAUUCUACUUUGACCGUCAGAAGGAGGAGGGAGGAGCGGUGUACGUCUUCAUGAAUGAGAACGGCUCUUUCCAGAAGACACCUAGCAUGGUACUGAAGGGUCCUACGGCAUCUGGCUUUGGAUUCGCCGUGGCAGCCAUUGGCGACGUCAACCAAGAUGGAUUCCAAGACUUUGCAGUAGGAGCCCCAUUCCAUGAGACUGGGAAUGUCUACAUCUGGAUGGGAAGCAAGAAGGGAAUCUCUGAGGAGCCUAGUCAGGUUAUUGAGGGGAAGUCAGUGGGUAGUGGUGGGUUCCAGACUUUUGGCUAUUCCAUCAGUGGAGGUAUGGACAUGGAUGAGAACAGUUACCCUGACCUCCUGGUUGGUUCUCUGGAUGACCGCAUCGCUCUGCUCAGGGCUCGUCCAGUUAUCCAUCUCUCUAAGAACUUCACCGUGCUGCCAGAGAUUGUGGACCCUAACCUUUGUCCCCGUGGAAACAAAUCCUGUGUGACUGUGACAGUGUGUUUCUCCUACACACUCAGCAAUGGAAACAAAGAUUUCAAGAAAAACAUCAUGGUGAAGUACACAGUGGAAGCCGACAUGCAUCGCCGGAGCCCUCGAGUUCUCUUCCUUGUCAAUAAGCUUGCCACCUACACAGGCCUCCUUACCAUGCCAUCUCCCAAGACCGAGUGUCAGGUGCUGGAGCUCAGACUAGAGGAUCCUGUGAGGGACAAACUGGAGCCGGUGGUUUUCUCCCUCAACGUGUCCCUGGAUGAGCAGAAACCCAAAGUUAGAAAGGCCCUGCAGAACCUGGACUCCUACCCUGUACUGAGCCACAAACAGAAAGUGACUGAGAGGAAAGAGAUCAACUUCCAGAAGGAGUGUGGCUCAGACAACAGGUGCACCAGUAACCUGCAGCUAACAGCUGCGUUUGCGAACGAGUUACUGAAGCCUUACCCCAGUCAGGGGAAACGCCAAUUGCUGCAGUACAGCAGUAAUGUGAAAAAGGUGGUGCUACUUGUGGAGAUAACUAACGUGCCAGGCCCUGGGAAGGUAGCUGAGGACGCCCACCAGGCCAUGCUCAACAUCUCCACCCCCUCCACGCUCCGUUACUCUGGCGUGCGCUCCCAUGAUACUGGUGUAGAAUGUCGUGCUGGAGAGACUGUUAUGUGUGAGCUGGGGAAUCCACUGAGGAGCAAUGAGAAGGUCUCUCUGCAGCUCAUCUUUGAAACAACAGGGAUCAACCUCCAAACCAGGGAGAUUGAGUCUCAGUUGCUGUUGUCCACGUUGAGUGAGCAGAAUGACCUGUACCCGGUGUCUGUGGCUCUGUUGAUAGAGACCUCCAUCCAGACCUCCUUCUCCAUAGAGAAUCCCCUGGUCCAGACCUACUUCAGCGGGGAGGUGAUGGGAGAAUCAGCUAUGAACACGACCAGUGAUGUGGGCAGUCUUGUGGAAUACACCUUCAAGGUGUCAGUGGAGGGAGAGCCUCUGGGGGCGCUGGGGAUCCUGGCCGUAGAGUUUGAGUGGCCCUUCGAGGUGACCAGUGGGAAGUGGCUUCUCUACCUGACUGAGAUCGUCACCAAGGGGACAACUGAGACCCACUGUGUCCCUCCAGGGGACAUCGUCAAUCUUCUCAACCUCACAUUGUCCAAGAACAGGAGCAAACGUCCCAAGCGAGCGGUGGAGGGCGAACACCCUCGCAUCAUCGAGCCACAGGCUGUCCUUACCGUGCUGACUCCUCGUAAAGAGACCUACCUACUGGAUUGUUCAAAGUGGACAGCCCGCUGUGUGACGUUCACCUGUCCCUUGAUCAACAUGUCUACCUCUGCCAAGAUCAUUGUGAGGUCACGGGUGUGGAACAGCACUAUGCUAGAGGACUAUAAAAAUGCUUUGAGGAUUAAGGUUAGAGGUCAGGCCACACUGAAACUUGUGACGGACAACCCCACCAUCAAGAUGGAAAAUGAGACCAGAGAGUUCAUAGUGGACAUUGACCCAGUCCUUGGGGUGGAAACACCUUACGAGGUUCCCCUGUGGAUCAUCAUCGUUGCCGUGGUAGCAGGAAUCCUGCUGUUAGGAGUCAUCAGCAUCAUACUGUGGAAGUGUGGCUUCUUCAGGAGGGCCAGCAGGAGGGAGAUGUACGAGGCCAAAGGCCAGAAGGCUGAGAUGAAGAGCCAGCCCUCAGAGACGGAGAGGCUGACUGAGGACUACUGAGACAGGAGAGGCCCCCAAUGAGGGGCCAUGCUACACUCCACUAGGGCGCCUGGCUUGGCUUCUUCAAGCGGGCCAUCUACUACCGGAUUAUGCCAAAGUACCAUGGAGUGAAAAUCCGUAAGGAGGAACGCUACCAGUUUAACAUGGGCUUCCAGCCAGAGGAUCCAGACAAGAAGUACUGGAUCACCAACUGGACAGAGAUGCAACGUUACUACUACUGAAACCCUGACCUAUGACCCUGAACUCUGAACUCUUGACCUCUGCCAAAGUUCAGGAGCAUUGUGACGGAAGGACACAAGGGUUUUUGGGAUGUCACACAACUUGGAGGGCACAGCACACAGACCAAUUGUGAAUACUGAUCACUGACCACAUUGAUUCUGGAACCUUUCUCCUCUGUAGAUUUCAUCAAAAUAUUUUUUUGUUCUUUUUUUGUGCAAUAUGCCAAAUAUUCUGUUUCAGAAAUUGCAAUGUUUAAAGUAUUUUGAUGAAAGCAGUGUUGUACAUUGAAAGAGUGUUUAAAAAUCCCAGUUUGGUUGUAAAUUUGAUUUAUUUUCCUACCACUGCAUAUUUAAGUACUGAAAAAAAACAAAACCUUUGCAUGUAUAUUUUUCUUCCAUAUGAUCUAUCAGCAAGUUCCUGAGCAAAGUAGUUUUUUUGUCGCCACUGUUUCUUUUUUUAAUCAGGUGAACGAGUCUGUAAAAAUUCUUAGUGAAUGUACUGUUCCUUUCAUAUCUCUUUGUUUUAGAAUGUCCCUGAUUGUCAGUGGUUUAGUGAUGACGUCACUACAACAGUAGUUUGGGAGAUUAUUUUGAACUGUGCAGAGGUUUAUUAAUCAUCAGGAUGACUUUGUUAUGACCGAACAAUGACAGUGCCUUAAAAGAGAUCGAUUCAGUGAUGACACUCUACAGGGCCUUCAGGAAGUAUUCAAUACCCCUUGACUUAUUCCACAUGUUGUUGUGUUACAAUGCUUGAAAUCAUAAAUGGAUUAAAUAAAUAAAAAGUCUCACGCAUCUACUAACAAAACCCCAUUAUGACAAAGGGGAAACAUCUUUUUUAGAAAUGUUUGCUAAUAUAUUGAAAAUUAAAUACAGAAAUAUCUCAUUUACAUAAGUAUUCCCACCCGAUGGGUCAAUACAUGUUAGAAUCACC